CAGCAGCGCAGCGCUCCGCCGCCCCGCGGCCCUGCCCGCCCCCCUGCCCGCAGCCAGCAGCCCUGCUCCCCGGCCCCGCCCCCCGGCACGCGCUGCCCCGCGCCCCCUCCCCCACAGCCGCCCGGGGACUCGGCUCCGAGCAGGGCUCCGCCCCUCCCCUGGCCGUGGGCGGGGCCUCGGGGCGGGGCCGGGCGCCCGCGGGCGCUGGUUGGCCGGCGGGGCGGAAGGGGCGUGGCGCGGUGGCGGGGCAGGCGCGAUGGCGGCGGCGGAGGCGCUGUCGAGGGUGGCGGACGUAGAGAUCGACGGCGGCGGCGUCUUCAAGUACGUGCUGGUGCGGGUGCGUGCGGCCGGCGGGCCCGGGAAGGACGUCGUGCGCGGCCACGGCUGGGCCGAGUACCACGCCGACAUCUACGAGCGGAUGGCGCAGGAGCUGGCGCAGCAGGGCUUGGGCUGCGAGUGCCUGGGGGGCGGCCGCCUCUCCCACCGCCCCGAGGAGAGGAAGAUCCACGUCUACGGGUACUCGGUGGGCUUUGGGCGAGCGGAUCACUCCGUGACUACGGAGAAGCUGAAAGCCAAGUAUCCGGACUAUGAGAUCACCUGGGCGGACGAAGGCUACUGACUCGCUCUGGCUGGGCAGCGGCGCCAGCCUGGAGCUGGUGCGGCCGGAUCUGGCGCUGCGGCAGUGGCAGCAGGCUCCCUGUGCUUGGCAGCGCUCUGGGCUCUCCUGGGUUUAAUUUAUGUUGAUCUCGCCCGUUCGCCGCCGUCGCCAGACAUCCCACGCGCCAUGGGUGCUCUCCACCUCCCGGCACAGCACGGCAAAGCCUCGGUGAAGCCGGUGGGCGCUCUGCCCCGGCCUUUCCGGUGGUGAGGGGGUUUGUCCCACGUGUGUAUGUGAGAAUUAAACACGUUGGGGAGGGCA